GCGCAGACACGCGGAGACAGACAGACACAGGGAGACACACAGACACAGGGAGACACACAGACACACACACAGACGGGGAGACACACAGACACGCGGAGACAGACACACACAGACACGCGGAGACACACAGACACAGGGAGACACACAGACACAGGGAGACACACAGACACACACAGGGACGGGGAGACACACAGACACGCGGAGACACACAGGGAGACAGACACACACACGCGGAGACAGACACACACAGAUACGCGGAGACACACAGACACAGGGAGACACACAGACACACAGGGACGCGGAGACAGACACACAGACACAGGGACGGGGAAACACACACAGGGAGACACAGGGACGGAGACACGCGGAGACACACACACAGACGGGGAGACACGCGGACGGGGGGAGAGACAGGGAUGGUGAGUGGCAGACAGAGGCGGGUAUAAACAGAGACACACGUAACACCGGUACAAAUAGAAGCAGGCAUUUACACAGACUUGCGGACGAAUACACAGGGAAGCAGGCAUAGAUACAGCCACAUAUACAUAGACAAGCGGACGCAUAUACUGUCCGGGUAGGAAGACAGCCACCCAGGAGACACGAGGAGACACGUGCAGACAGACAGCCACGUGCGCGUCUGAUUUGACAGCUCUGUGUAGUGAGCGCACGAUAGAAUGCGUUCGAGUGAUCCGCUUUGUACUCGGGUUUAAUUGCCGAGCUGUUGCUCUUCUAAAAAGCCACCGGCUGCUGCUGCUGCUCAAUACAAUUUGCCAUAAAGUUGAAACAAAGUGAUCCUCCGUCCCGAAACCACCAUCACCAUCAUCAUCCACACACACACACGUGGUGCGUUCGUGUAGCGGCAAGGGGCCAGCAAGGCACGGCACGGACUGCACGGACCAGACACUUGGCCCACCGGCGAACAGAGAGCGAAGAAAGCCCUUCCCGUGUAACUUUAUCUCUCUCUCGCAAGUGCUUGGGGUGACUGACUGACUGACGAAGAGAGAGACAGAGAGAGAGAACGCUGCUGCCUUCGUUUUAUAACUGCACCAUCAAGCGCUGCUGCUGUUGCUGCAACCAGCAUCAUCAUCAGCAUCAGCACGUCCCACCCACUCAUCCUAACCCUACCCCUAAAGCAGCAGCAGCAUCAGUAGUAGUAGCAGGCACCCCCCUCCCCCAACCAAAGCCCUUCCUCCUCUUCCUCCGCCUUCCCCGUGGCUCCAUCUCGCCGUCCCCACCUCAUCCGUGCUCAGCAGCCCCAUUCAAGCCGAGCCGAGCAAAGGCGCCAGCCAGACGCGGACCCUCCACCACCUCCACCACCCCCCUCCACCUCCACCACCACCACCACCUCCACCACCACAGCCUCCUCCACCACAGCCAAGCGGAGAAAGGCGAACGAGAGGCGACGGAAAGCACCCCCCUCCCCAGAUAGGGAGAGGAGAAGAAGAAGAAGGUGGUGGGGUUGGGGGGGCUAAUAUCGAUCUAAUAAUAUCGAUCUAAUAUCGAUCUAAUAUCGAGAGCUUUAGCGAGCGAGGAGAGUGAAACCGGCGACGGUGACCGAGUAAAAAGCUCAAAACUACCGAGUAGCAGCAGCAGCAACAACAACAGCAGCAAGAACAGCAGCAGCAAGAACAGCAGCACAGAUGGAACCGGGCAGCAGCAGCAACAGCAGCAGUAGCUAUGACCUUGGCGAGGUGUCGUCGCCCAUCGCCGUGUGUAUCCGCUCCACCACGGGCUCCGAGUUCGAGGUGACCGUCUCUGCCGACGAGACGGUGGACGGCCUCAAGCUGCAGCUGUCGCGCCGUCUCAAGGUGUCCCGGGACAGACUCACGCUGCUGCACAGAGAGACGCACCUGAGAACGGGCAAGUUGCGUGAUUAUGCUGUGUCCAACGGAAGCAAGCUUACAUUGGUGCCAACGGUGGAGACGGGACUCGUGUCGCAGUCGGCAAGGCCGGAGCAGUCGGUGAUGCAAGCUCUGGAGAGCCUGUCUGACAACCAGGUCAGUGACUUCCUGUCAGGCCGCUCACCUUUGACCCUCGCCCUGCGCGUCGGAGAUCACAUGAUGUUCGUGCAACUCCAGCUGGCUCCCCAGCAACACCAGCAGCAGCAGCAGCAACGGCAACAGCAGCAGCAGCAGCAACAGCAGCAGCAACAACAGCAGCCGCACAGCCACCAUCACCACCACCACCAUCACCACCACCACCACCACCAUCACGGCGCUCCCCGCGACCCGCGCUUCCAGCGCUACUCGCGGGACCCGCGCGCGCACUCGCACGCCACGGGCUGCCUGCACGCCUGCCACCAGCGCCAGAACCGCUCCGCCGCCUCCACCUCCUCCACCUCCUCGUCUUCCUUCACCGGGGGCCACCAGGCAUCUGGGUCCAGCGCGUCGGCCGGCGGCGUCCCUCCCUUUGUCCCCCAGCACCAGCGGGCGGUGCCGCCGGCGGGCCACCACGGCUCGCCCGGUCACCACCUCCCCGCGGCGGCCCUCCAGGCGCAGGCCGCUCAUCAGCUGUCGGCGCGCCACCAGCUGCCGGCCGCCGCUCAGCACGCCGGCUCCUCGGGCCAUCCGGCGUUCUCCCUGAGCCACUUGGCCGGGCAACGGCAACAGCAGCAGCAGCAGCCGCCGGGUGGCACCUCGUCGCCCGCGCAGGCCCCCGCGCCCCACUUCGGCAGGAUGUCCAAUCAGGCGUGGCACGCGGCUCGGGCGGCCAAUCAGAGCUGUCCAUGCGAGCCGCCACCCACGCCAGCUGCGGCCCACACUUCGACGCAAGCGCCGGCCAGCACGGCAGUGGCGGCACCGGCGCCGUCAGCUCACAGCCGGGCCCGCAAACCCGGGGCUAUCAUCGAGAGCUUCGUCAACCACGCUCCUGGCGUCUUCUCUGGAACCUUCUCCGGCACGCUGCACCCCAACUGUCAGGACAGCUUGGGCAAACCUCGUCGGGACAUCAACACCAUCCUGCACAUCCUCAACGAUCUGCUGAGCGCCACUCGCCACUACCAGGGCAUGCCGCCCUCCCUGCAGCACCUCCACCGCCACGCUCAGGCGGCCGCCACGUCCGUGGGGGGCAACGCGAACGGCACGGGAGUGUCCGGCCAGGGCCUCGCCACCCCCGUGCCCUCGCCCGCAUCCUCCCCUUCUGCCCACUCCUCUUCGCCGUCUUCAUCCCCCGCCGCCACCGCCGCCUCCUCGUCUUCUUCUCCGGCCACUGCCACCCCCCUUCCUCCUCCAGCUGUUGCUGCUGCUGCUGCCGCCACUCCGGUGCCUUCCCAGCAUGCACUGCAUCAGCAGCUCCAGCAGCAGAUCCAGCGGGAGCUGGCGCACCGCGUGGUGGGAGUGCGCUCUGCAGGUGGCGACCGGCUACGUCAGCACCAGGAGAACAGCGCGACGCGCACCAAGGUGGAGCACCUGCAGCUGCUGAUGCGGCAGCGCAAGCUGCGGCGCAAGCAGCGCAGGGACUCGCGCGCCCCCUACCCGGGGGCCGGCGGCGCGCACGACGGGACGGUGGGGGCAGGGUGGGGUGGGGCGGGCUGCGGCGGGGCCCCCGGGGCGGCCGGAGGGCAGCGCAAGGCCGGGCGCGCGGGCAGCGAGAGCAGCGUGGCGAGCGACGCGUCGGGUCUCGACCUCGAGCUGGACGAUCAAGCCGUGGUGGAGAACGGGGCGAGCAGCGGCGCGUGGGCCAACUCCGCGGAGAUGGAGCCGGAGUACGUGGUGGCAUGAAGCGAGGGCAAAGGCCGAAAAGGAAUUGAAUAGAAUCGACGGCAGCCGAGACAACUACAGCAGCAGCAGCAAAGAAAACAUGACACGACCGUUUGUUUAAAGGAAAGAUGAGUGGGGCUGAUUUUUUGAAGUAAAAAUUGGCGGUGACGGAAGUGGAAUUUGAGAGCGACAUGAGCCAGGCUCUGGGCGAGCCUGGCAGGGGUUUUUUUGUUUUGUUCCCGAUGUCGCGUUUGCGAGUCGUGUUGUAGCUGCGGCCUGCGUGCUCGAGUUGCAGGAGAGAGAGGUGCCAUUGAUUUGGUUUUGGUGGGUGGGGGAAGUGAUUUUUUGGGUUUAUUUAGUAUCAGGCCUUGACCGAUUUGGUUCAGGUGCAGCUUGCGGCGGCGUUUUCAUACGACGAUGUGCGGGAGGUCUGCUCCGUGGCGUUAAAAAUAGACCUCUGCAAGGAGCAGAGCAAAGGAGAAAAUCCGACCUGGCCAAAAACAUGGCCGCUCCAGUCUCACGUAGCAUACGCACGGAAAUAUAUCUAUUCCAAUUUCUUAACAAACAAAAUCAGAUAAAAGUAAAAAUGGAGGCAUUGCAGUUUUCGUUUGUUGAUAAACCUGAGGUAUAGAGGUUGUGUUUGUUGUCAGUGAAAAAUUGGCAAAUCAAACAGAGAGACUAUAUUGGCAUGGGAGGGUGUCCUAAUGAUAUGGGAUGGUGGUGUAUGUGUCUAUUUUGUAACGCCUCAUUAGUGACAACGUGAAAUAUUGGCCGACUUAAAAGAUUCUUUCCUGGACGCAAUGUUUCGGCAACAUGUUAAGAAAAAAAAAUGUUAUGGAUGAUUGAAUUACAACUCAGAAACCCUCCAUUAACAUAAAUGCAUGUUUUAAAGUAGGUGAUGGUAAGGAAGGCAAUUCUCCACAAAGAUGGACUCGAGUGUUGAAACCUGCCCUUGUGUUUGAUUCAAUAAUAAACGUGUGAAGUUCAUCGUCCUGCACAAUGGAUGAUAGAUGUUAACGCUCGUGUAAUCGUGACGGAAAAUCGUAAACGUUUCAACAAAAAGAAGGCUUCCUUUCUGAUUCCCGUGAAACUCAAAAGGGGGGCCGCGCGUUUCACCAACGUACACCGCGGCGGGGAAACGACACGGAAAAGAAUCGAAGCUAAAAAAGAAAGAAAAGGCAAACCGAGAAUCUCCAGGAGGUGCCCAUCAGCCGGGGGUGCGACCACCGCUUUGUAAAAACGGACACGAGGGAGGGGAAAAGGGGGGGUUUGGGAGACAACGCCCCGAUUAAUAACAAAUGCAUGAGGAAGAAAAAAAAACAGACGUUUAAAUGCUUGAAAAAAAAUGUGAUACCGAUUGAAACUUGUAACUGACCUGAUGGACGAGUCUUGAACUUUGCUCAGGAUUUACAAAAAUCUCUUCCGUUCGUCAGCAUCUCCAUCCGAAAGUCUCGGACCUACCACCAACAACAACAACAAGAAAGAACCCCCACCUCCCCCCCACCCCGACACUUGAAACGCUAAACUCUAUAACUUCGUGCGACAUCAUCACGACAAGUCGAAGACCCUACUCGGGCAAAAAAAAAAUACUAUCGUCUGCCACAAGGUUUUUUCUUUCGGUCACCUGCAGCUGUAGUGAGCGGAGCGCUUUUAUUCGAAUCGCCCAUGUCGUGCGUGUCGGGCAAAAAAAUAUAAUAAUACCAAUAACAAUAAUAAUAAUUAAAAUAAUAUUGUACUGUCUGAAUGCCGUAGAUAUUGGAUGACUUUGUGCGGUAGUGAUUUUUCUCGGUGUACGUGUAGAAAAUUGUGUACUAUUAGUUUACGUUGCAGCCUCUGUAAAACUGAAAUCGUUGAGAGAAAGGCUGGGCUGUGUCGAACAGUAACGCAAGUUAAAAACAGUUUCUGUCAACAAAAAAAACAUUUGUUUCUAUUAUAUAAUCAGGUAUUUUUUUUUCUUCUACGCUAGCGUUACUCUAUUAAGCACCAGGAUUAUUAUUUUUGUUCGUUUCCCUUGAUUUAUUUUCAUUAGACUCCAACAGCACCCCCCCUUCCACCCCCAUAUGGCUGACCGUUUUAAAAUGGUCUGGGGGGGGGUCGGUCCCCCUUACUGUUUUUCGGAUAAAACAAAUCAUUCUUGGCUCAAGCGUGUCCACGAUCACGUGCACACGCACGCUGCAGUCCCACCCUCUCACCGGCUUCUUUUUUGUUAAUAUAAAGUUGCAAAGGUGCACGCUAUCUACAAAAACCGUAACAAUAAUAACACCACGCUCUCUCAAAGAAUGAACUUCCAAGAUUCAGUCUGUCGCGCGCGCGGGCUCCCAUCGCGUGCCAGCAUCCCGUCAAAUCCCCGCGCGUCCUUAAUUAUGCAGCCAAAUGGUUUAAUUCACAUAUGUUGAUUUCCUCACUCCACUAGUGAAGACCGUUACGACCCAUCGGGUGUCCGCAACGUACACAACUGCAGGUCGAAGGUCACGUUGUGUUUAUUGCGUGCCGGCAAAUUCAACGAAAGUGAAUCGCAGUGCCCUUUGGCUGCAUAAUUCAGAACUAUGGCAAGCCUUCCGUGGGUCAAUGGUUAUCUCCUUACAAGCCUCUUUUGAUGUUGCAAUAUGUUAGACACAAUAACGAUAAUAAUAGUGACCACGAUAGUAGCAUUAGUCUUUCCAAAUCACAGGUCCCCCCUCCCCGUGGUCUGAUGCCCGUGUAAAUGUACAUUUUUGAAAUCUUAUUCACUUGUAUCAAGCUCAUGUACUUGUACUGAAAUGAAUAUGCUCUUGGGUAAGUCUGUGUCUGAAUAUGAACUGCACGUGAUAUAAGCACAGAAGUGCCAUUUUCCUCUCAUUGUACUUGUUCUUAAGGGUUGUAUAUACCGCACACUUUUCCUUCGUCACUAGUUUCUUUUUAAAGGCCUUACAGAGUCUAUGGACUAAGUUUAAACACCACCCUCAACUCUGUGUUCUCCUGAUGAUGAUGAUGUUGUUUUUGGAAAAGCUCAGAAUGCGGGGAAACACGAUGUCAGGAAUCCGCGCAGCAAAAUGCAUCCUCAAAAGUAAAAACCGCUUUAGCAAAUUGCUCGCGAGCAUUUCAAGCGUCGGCGUGACCACGUUUUGGCCGCAUGUCGUGGGCGGCGAUUCCUGCCCGUGGCGCCGUGACGAACCCAGCGGAAUCUGUUCACGAGGGCCUCGCGCGACUGGCGACGACGAAAUCCCGAGCCUCGCAUCGUCAGGUGACCUGGAAUCCCAAGCUAUUGGCGGCUUGCCUCAUUGCUGUAGUUUCGUCGAUUCAACACCCCCCCCUCCCGCCGCCUCCCUUCUUACCCUCCCGAUUGCAAAUUGGUAAUGUUUAAUUUCAUAAUCGGUCAUAUAAAAAAAACGUCGUUGGCAAGUUUUUUGGGUUUUUUUGCAAACAAAAGAGGCCUUGCGCACGUGGUCUUGCCUGGGUCGCUCUGCGAAAGCCACGUGGCCUUUUUAUUUUGUGUUGCGCUGGGGGAAUUCAGGGAUUCGCACCAACCGGGAAGAGGAGGAGGGUGCGUUUUUGCUGCGCGGUGUUCCGAGUUUUAUUUGUCCGUGAUUGCGUCCCCUGUGCCGGCAGUAGUUUGUUACGGUGCUCAACUUUGUGUUCACGUUGUUGCUCAUUUCUGGAUGUUUGUGGAUCGUUUCUCGGAAAGGACACCCGUGUGUCAUUCGUGUGUGUGUUUAAUUACAAAGAAAAGCAGACACCCCACCGCCCCCCUCUUGAACGCACCGUACGGCCUGCAUAAUCGAUGGUCAAUGAUUUGCAGGUUACGCAUUGCCAAUGAUCCGGAGCCAAACGUGCAGGAUUGUGUAUCUCAAGUCGGUUUGAUCACUCCACAGACAAAUCUGCGCACGGCAUUGCUAUGCUCUGCGUGGCAAUGCAUCCCCGAUUGUGAAGAAACGUUCCAUCGGCCGGCAUGGUACACACCAAUGCAUUGACACCUCUUAAAAAAAAAAUAACAUUACAAAAACAUAAAGCCUGACCCUCAUUCCGUUGUGAAUGAAUCUGCAGUAAAGAGGCCAAUUUUCAUAUAUUUUUACUUCCCCGUAAUUGGAUACAGAUUUCUGACAGGUGUAAUAAUAUAAAAAACAACAUGUUGUUUUCUUAUGCACUCUAAAGAGUGCUUAUGAAAGCCAGACGCUACGAUACAAAGUAGAUUCGUAAAUGCUGUCCACAAACACGUAUCCUCCGUUAAUAUCCCGCAGCUGCUAUUUUGACGGUAAACACCCCACCAACAUUUCUGAUGGAGGCCAUCUCCCCCCCCAAGUUAAAAGCAUUCACUGGCAGAGCGGUCGCUGGAAAAUGUAUCAAAGAUGUGAAUGAGGGUGUUAGUCUUUUUUCACUUCUACCUUGGCCCUCGUCCCAGUAGUUUUAAAGUGAGCAGCGUUGCAGAAGGGCGUUUGAACACAAAUUGAUUUCGCUCUGCGGUCUACCUCCUAGAGGCGCGCGACACAGAGGCAACAGAAAUAUGCAGGAACAUGACAGCAUUGAGCCCCGUCUGAAUGGAGGCGCCGUUCUCGGAAUGGGAUUGUGAACGUCGCAGAGACGAGAAGAUCAUCCAAACCGAGGAGUUUCUAAAUGUGUCCUCGCUGCGUGCUCCAGUGACCGGCCCGGGAAGGUGGCAAGAGCACUACGUCACGUGUGAGCACGUCAUGUGUAAAAUGAACAAAUCCGAAAAAAAAUCUUAUUCCGAAAUUGUCAUAGUUUGGAAAUCUGAUGUUUAAAUCCAAAAUCUAGACUAUGAUCUCUAUACACAUGGCUAUAACGUGCGUUUAAAUUAUCACCCUGUCCCUUGUGGAUUAAACUACUCACCUGCGCACCACCUUCACACGUGCAGCAAUAUUUUUGAAAGGCAAUCUGUCUGAUUAUCGUUUAUUCCCGUGUUCUAAAGGGAAACUAAAAUUCUAAAUGUUUUUUUUUUCCAGCAACAUAAUAUCUUCAGAUUGAUACAUAGUGGUAGGUUGAUUGUCAAAUAUAACAAUACUAUUAUGACUGCAGACCUUAGCAUGAUCGAUAUGCAUUGGUAGCUGCCGGGAUUUUUUCAGAGUACAUAUUUAAAUGUUAAAAAUGAUAGUAAUCGUCCAAAUUUUAUAUUACACACACAGAUUACACACGAAAAAAAAAACCAGUAACCUCCUUUGGCAAUAUUGACGAUAGUGGAGCGUUAACUCCCAACACCGACCAGGUCAAGGAGAGAAAAAUGCUAUAAAUGUGCCGCAUGCAUAGAGAAACGGGUCAAAGGUCAAAACGUGUUCUGCCCCCUUGAACAACGAAUUUUGUCGUCUCUGCCGCCAUUCCCAGCAGUGCAACUCUGUGUUGGGGCACAUCGCGUUCAUGCAAGUCGGUUCUCCCUCUCUCUCCGCUUGCGGUGUUGCACCGUGCGGAAAUUCUAUUCGUUUGUUUCCUGCCUGACAAUGCAAUACUCUCAUCUGGCUCCUUGGCAUAAGUGCAAUGUCAAGCAAUUUUCUGCAAAGGGAAAAAAAAUUUGAGAAUACAAAGGAAUGGAAAUGAUUACAAGCAAUAGGAACUAUUGUUCUGGUGUUCUUAAUUUGACACGAGUACAGUAUUUGAUGUAUUUUAACCGUUUGGUUAUUUUUUUUUCCCAUUUUAAAUAAGAUAUACUGUAACGGUGUACUGUAUGACAUGCGGAAUAGGUUAGAUGUUUUCCGUUGUGUGUGCUUCAAUGUAUAAAACGCUGGGUUAGUAGUCUUAAACGGCACAAUGAAUUUACACAAAAAGUUUGCAAUUUUAACAUAAAAUCAGUUUAUUGUUAAAUAAGAUAAUUUCCAAAAGGCAUAGGGGCACUGAUGGGUGGAAAAUGACAAUGGUAGUCACGGCGAUAAUGCCGUCAAAGUCUGCGAAAGAAAAAUCACUGCGUGACCGAAUACUUGAUGAAGAAAAGGUUUACGCUUUGGCAAUGUGAUGCUCCACCCAUGUUGCGGAAAAGGCCCAGCUCCAAAUCGACGUCUCACUGCUCCUCCUUCUGCAGCCACCUCAAUUCGGGCUCCCAAAUCCAAAUUAUUUAGCGGGACACCAUUUUAAUGAACACCGUUCGUUGUUUCCAAUCAAACGAAAAAUAUGACCAGAGAGCUGGGCUUUACCCAUUUAAUUAGAACCCUAAAUUUUAAUUUGGUGGGGUUUUAAAAAAAAAAUGUUUAUUCAGUCCACUGGAGCUGAGACCAUCGGCUCCUCUGAAUACUUUGAGAUCGUGGUGGGUUUUCUUGAGUUCACGUGGGGUGUUACCUUGGCCAGUUCGCAACCCCAGGUCUCGCCGGUGCUGGCGGGCUCUGCGUUGUUGCGCGACGCGGGAUGUCACACGGAAACUACCGAAACGCAAAACAGUUUUAAUAAAAGCACCUGCCCGAUUGAUGUGCACAUUUGGACUCCCCCCCCCCACCCCCCCUCGAGUAAGUUCGUUGUGCCGCAGUAGUAGCCGUGUUCCACCACUGCUGUGUUGUUCUUAGUGUCUCGACGAGAUGUGUUAACCCCUCUCCAGAGCAUUACUCAAGUUCUGUCCUGAAGCCUUGCAAUGGCGGGACAGCGUAUGAGAGUGUGUGUGUGUGUCUGUACGUCUAUGAGUAGCUGUUAAACAUUCUGACUUGUGGUAGGGCUUAAUGUUUUUUCUUUUUUUUUAUUAAUUACUUUUUUUUUGUACGAGUAUGUUGCAUAAUGAACUGAUGUAAAAUCCACAAUAAACAAAAACGUGAAGAAUAAACACA